GAUGUUAAAGUUACAUUACAGAGACUGGCUCCCACUUCGCUCCGGCGAGCGCGCUCGGUCCAUCCCUUUCCACUUUCUGCCCCGAAAGACAGAGCGAGAGACGCACAGGCCACGAGAACUCAUCCUCCAGGCUCCAAGCAGCGCCUCGCCACCUUCCCCUCGGCCAGCCCAGGAGAGGCGGGAGAAGGUGCCCUGGGAGCGCGCGUGUGGAUUGCUGGUGGCGCCCCUAAAGCCAGGAAGCAGCUGCACCUGGGGAGGCAAAGGGGGCCGCAGCUGCUGGGUGUCGCUCCUCCAUGGGGUGCUCCAUCCCCGGCCUGCAGCAGGCGGCUCGCGGAGACUGGGCUGGCACCCUUUAGGGGUUGUGAAUGCAGAGGAGCCUUGGGCCGCUGGGACUCCUCGAAAGAGAACUUUUCCUGUCUCGCGCCGCCUGCGCGCCCCGGGGUUUCAACACGCGCGCCUGGGGGUUUGCUUUUCCUCGGGGGUCUCAAGCAGCCCGGGCACGGCGAAGGGGAGAGAGCGGCGCUCCGAGGGGAACUCAGGCGAGAGAGGACAAAAAGCAAAGAAUCUCGGAAUUAAAGAGCAAUUAUGCCUCAGCUGCCGGGAGCCGGAGGAGGCGGUGGGGGGGAUCCGGAGCUGUGCGCCACAGAUGAAAUGAUCCCUUUCAAAGACGAAGGCGAUCCCCAGAAGGAGAAAAUCUUCGCGGAGAUCAGCCACCCGGAGGAAGAAGGAGACUUGGCCGACAUCAAGUCCUCUCUCGUUAACGAGUCAGAGAUCACCCCCAACAGCAACGGGCAUGAGGUUUCCAGGCAAGCCCAAGCUCAGGAAUCCUAUCAUGACAAAGGCAGAGAACAUUCUGAAGAAGGAAAACAUCCGGAUGGUGGUUUAUACAGCAAAGGCCCAUCAUACUCUGGUUAUUCUGGGUAUAUCAUGAUGCCAAAUAUGAACAAUGAUCCCUACAUGUCUAAUGGAUCUCUGUCUCCACCCAUCCCUAGAACACUGUCUUUUAGUGUGUGUGAUCAAAAUACUACAUCCAGAAGAUUAUACUCGCUUACUUUGCUAUUAACCACAACCUAUGUGUCAAAUAAGGUGCCAGUGGUGCAGCCUUCACACGCGGUUCACCCUCUCACCCCACUUAUCACUUACAGCGACGAGCACUUUUCUCCAGGGUCACACCCUUCACACAUCCCCUCAGAUGUCAACUCAAAACAAGGCAUGUCCAGACAUCCUCCAGCUCCUGAUAUCCCUACCUUCUAUCCCUUGUCUCCUGGUGGUGUAGGACAGAUAACGCCACCUCUUGGCUGGCAAGGUCAGCCUGUAUAUCCCAUCUCGAGUGGAUUCAGGCAGCCCUACCCAUCCUCACUCUCAGUCGACCCUUCCAUGUCCAGGUUUUCACAUCAUAUGAUUCCUGGUCCCCCAGGCCCUCAUGCAACUGGAAUCCCUCACCCAGCUAUUGUAACACCUCAAGUCAAACAAGAACAUCCACACACUGACAGCGACUUAAUGCAUGUGAAGCCUCAGCAUGAACAGAGAAAAGAGCAAGAGCCGAAAAGACCUCACAUUAAAAAACCUCUGAAUGCUUUUAUGUUAUACAUGAAAGAAAUGAGAGCAAACGUCGUAGCAGAGUGUACUCUGAAAGAGAGCGCAGCUAUCAACCAGAUUCUUGGCAGAAGGUGGCAUGCUCUCUCCCGUGAAGAACAAGCUAAAUAUUAUGAACUAGCUCGGAAAGAAAGGCAGCUACACAUGCAGCUUUACCCAGGCUGGUCUGCAAGAGAUAACUAUGGGAAGAAAAAGAAGAGGAAGAGAGAGAAGCUACAGGAGUCAACGGCAGGUCACUUAAUAUACUGAUCAUUCUUCUCUCAAAGACGCUGCUGGAGUCUUGGCUGCCUAGAGGUGGGAAAAGAAAUGCUUUCUCAACAUGCAAAGCAAAGGCAGCGACGCCGGGACCCCUUCUGGAAAUGGAAGCUUGUUAAAACCCCAGGUGUGUCCUUCAUCUGUACAGACCACCACCAGGGUCUUUCUAGGAGGUCGAAUUCACCAUGAUGUCACUGCUAAAGACACUGAAUCAUAAAGACAAUCACUGCCAAAACCCUUCACUACCACAGGACCCCAAUCCUGAUUAUAAAAAGGAGCAUUUCAGCAUUCCCAGGUCAGCAGAACAUCUUUCAUCUUCACCUUGCACUCCUAAGUCUGUCUCUCUCCUCUGUCUGUAUAUUGAGUCGGCAACAGGUAGGUCAGCUGUCUCUGCCUGCUUCAGCCAACUGAAUAACAUAGACUAAUAGCUACCCUCAUAUAGCACAUUGAAGAAUGGAAUUCAUCUGAUUGAGGAAGAUGCUCAAACAUUUUUAUUUAAUGGUGCAAAAGGAUCAAUUUUGUUUUUAGCUUUAAGAAACUUGAACGCUUUUAUAUUAACUUUUAGUUUAACGUCAUUGGUGUAUAUUUUACUAGUUGUGAGCUUUUAAAUAAGCUUCAAGUAUCUGAUUUUUUUGUCUUUUUUUUUCUGACAGAGAAAAAAAAAACCUUAAUGGAAAACGUGGCUUUUUGUUGAACUAUUUGUAACAAAUAGUGGCCUCCCAGUCUAUGUAAUAGUGUCCUAGAAAACUAAAUAAAUGUAACACCACAGUCAGCUGGUCAGUAGACAUAUCACUCCUGUUUCAUUUACACUCUAAACAUAAGCAAUACAUCCAGUAAAUUCAACUGCAGUGAGUUCUUCUCACCCUUUCCCCUUCUCCUUGUAAAAACAAACACAAAAAAAGCCCAGCACUUGAAUUUACUUCACUUGUUCUGUAUUUGUAUCUGUUUUUGUUAGCCUGUUAGUGGGAUUUUAUGCCAGUUACUGAAAUGAGCAUCGAUGUACCCAUUUUUUAAUAGUAAGGCACAGCCUUUGCCAAAAUACUGUCAACUGAAUUUUUUUUGUCAUUCCAGUUUGAUUUAAUGUGCUGAGCAUUUGUUUUUUUAAUAAAAGCUUUGUAAUAAAACAUCA